AGCCGAAAACACAUUUUGAAUGAGUUAUCAGUAUCUCACUAGGAAGCAGUGAGUCGCAAAAGCAAAGCAGGGUCGAAGAAGAGAUGAAAUUGCUAUCACUUUCCACACCCGACUCUACUACUUGUUACCUUUCAUCUUCAGCUUUUCUUCCAUCCCACUCCAAUGGCUUCCAAAAUCUGGCUUCUACCUUCAAAUUCUCUAACAAUCAGGGAAGAUGCAUAAGGAAAGCUGGGGCAACUAAAGUCACUGCAAAGUUUGAGCUGAAGCUUCCGUCAUAUCCGCUGGUGCACCCUACCAUCUUCACCACCAAAAUAAACCACCACCCUUCAUUUCAGAUCCAUGACCGUACUGGGUUUUCCUCACUCCGGUCCUUGGCGAAUGAUUUCUUGGGGGAUUUUGGAGCCAGAGAUCCUUUCCCAGCUGAGUUGGAAAGUAAGUUCGGUGAAAAAGUUUUGGGCAAUGUUAACACUGAACACAAAAUCCUUAUCCCAAAUAUCUCUGCUCUCUCUCUUUCUCAGCAGGAUUGUACUUCCAUUUCACCUUUACAGCACCCCAUUUCUCAACAUGAUGCUACCCAACUUGUAAGAAAGGUUUUGGGUUGGAGACUUGUGAAUGUUGAAGGUGUACUUAAACUUCAAUGCUUGUGGAAAUUGAGAGAUUUUAAAUGUGGAGUUGAACUCAUCAACAGAAUCUAUAAGGUUGUAGAAGCUGCAGACCAUUUCCCCAAUAUCCACAUCGAACAACCAAGUCAAGUCAGAGCAGAACUAUGGACUGCAUCCAUUGGUGGAUUAAGUAUGAAUGAUUUCAUUGUAGCAGCAAAGAUAGAUGAAAUAAAGACAUCAGAUCUUGUGCCAAGGAAAAGAGUUUGGGCUUAAUUCUCCAUGAACUCCAUAAAACAUUAUGCUAUGGACUUUUCUUUAAUACAGAGUUACCACUAGUUUGUUAUUUGAUGAAAUAUAGCUAUUCUUUGCGCUCUUUUUUAAGUGUUCUUCUUCUACCCCUGAAGCUUGUUUGGUAAGUGUAAAUGUUUAAUGAUUAUCAACAUCAGAAGAAUAAUGUAUGCUAGCCAUUUAUGUACCUAUCAACACUUUGAGUUUGAGGGUUCAACCAAGAAUUGAACAUUAUGAUUUUAUUUA